CUUUUGCUUGCCAGAGCACAGCACCUUUGGGCGGGACAUAAAGCCCCUGCCGCAGCUCACCCAGGCAAGGAACACCGGAGCUCAGCUGCCCCGCAGCCGGCUGGAUUCGCCAGGGCUGGGGUCAUGGCCAGGGCCGCUCUGGACCCUGCUCUCGGGAGCACAUCCCUGUUCUCCUGACCGCCCUGUAUCCUCCGCAUUGCUGCUGGAGUUCCCGGCUGUCCCUUCACUUCAAUCUCGGCCAGGUCUACCGGUCUGUCUUACAGAGCAGCUUGGGGCCACCGGCUUGGAUGGAUGCGCUGAGGCUGCCCCGGCGUCUAGGGGUCUUGCUUUGGAAGGUGGUCCUGCUCUUUGUUUAUGCAGAGGAUUGCCGUGCUCAGUGUGGCAAAGACUGCCGAGCCUACUGCUGCAAUGGAAGCACACCGCACUGCUGCUCCUACUACGCCUACAUUGGGAGCAUCCUCUCGGGCACUGCGAUUGCUGGCAUCGUGUUUGGAAUCGUGUUCAUCAUGGGGGUCAUUGCAGGAAUUGCCAUAUGCAUCUGCAUGUGCAUGAAAAACAACCGGGGAACCCGCGUGGGAGUCAUCAGAGCAGCACACAUCAAUGCCAUCUCCUAUCCCAUGGCACCGCCCCCCUAUACUUAUGACCAUGAGACGGAAUAUUGCACAGACCUGCCACCACCAUACUCUCCAGCCCCUCAAGCUUCAGCCCAGCGCUCUCCACCCCCUCCGUAUCCUGGAAAUUCAAGGAAAUAUUCCUCCUCGCAGAACAGAAUAUGUAACAAUUAGCAAUUACCCAGAACAAAAUGCCUCAAUUUAGAAACGUGCAAAAAAUAAAAUGAUUGUCUACUGGCUAGGGUCAGAUAACAUCUCAGGCAGACUAUUCAUGUGGAGCAGGCUCUUUCCCUGCUCAGAGCUAGGUAGAGAAUGAUGUGUGGUUCUCUAAAGUCACAGAUUACGUGAUCUACAGAUCCACCCAGGCACAGUCAGAUUAAAGCAAUGCACUUGGCAGACCAUGUGAUAAUCACGCUGCUUUAGGACGAGCUGAAGGCAACUUCAGCAUUGAACCUGGAAUCAAGACAAACAGAGGACAGUCUUAUCUACAUCAGGAAAGAGCUGCAUUCCAUAUAGCUUUAGGAGAACUAGAACAGUUCAUUAUUACAUUUAUCCACAAAUAUGUAUUAAGUGCCUUAGAGCCCACUCAGUGCCUGGCCACGUUAGGGGCUCUGGAUAGAAGUAACCAGUGGGAACGUUGGUUCUGGCACAGGCAUACCUCAUCUUGUUGCACUUUGACCUUUUGCACUUCACAGUGGUGUUGCAUGUUUUUUUACAGAUUGAAGGUUUGUGAUAACCUUGCACCAAGCAGUGUCAUUUUCCCAACAGUAGAAGCAUACUUCCUAUCCUUGUAUUACAUGUUGGUCAUGUACGCCAACAUUCCAAAUGUUUUCAUAGCCACGAUUAUUAUGUCUGUUAUGGUGAUCUGUGUUUAGUGUUGGUUGGUGUUGUUAUAGUAGAUAUUUGUUUGGAGAUGUCAUGAAUUCUGCCCCUAUAAAACAGUGAGAUUAGUGUGAUAAAUAGUGAGAUAAAUAGUGUGUGUGUGUGUGUAUGUAUCAUAUUUGCUCCACUGAAAACCUCCACCCCUUCCUCCUCUCUCUCUCUCCUCCUAUUCCGAGAACAGUCUGAAAUUAGGCCAAUUAACAAGCCAACAAUGACUUCUAAGUGUUCAAGCUAAAAGAAUAAUAUGGUUCUUACUUUAACCCAAAGAUGGAAAUAAUUCAUCUUCAUGACAAAAGCAUGUUCAAAUCUGAGAUAGGCUGGAAGGCCAGCAUCUUACGCUAGCUUGUAAGUUAAGCCAUAAAAACACAGAUGAGGCUUUCUUAAAGGAAACUAAAAAUGUCUCUCUCCAAACACACAAAUGAUAGAAAAGAAAGAGAACACCAGCCCCACUGCUUAUAAGAAUAACUCAUUAGUGGUGUAUGCAGCAGAUCAAAACAACCACAUUCCCUCAAGUCAUAAAGCUUGAUCCAGAGCUGGGACCUAACUCUUCAUUCUGCAAUGGCUGGCAGAGGCGAACAAGAAAUGUAAGCAUAGCUUGCAUGCUGUAAGAGAAAGAUUGAGAGGAGCAGAGAUCAGGUCCUGAAGUUAAGAGAAGGAGCUACCCUACCCCCGUAUUCAAAGGAGAAGGUGAAGCUUCAGGCACUGCAAUGGAGGCUGACGCCUGUUCUCUCAAAGACCUAGUUAGGAUCACACAGAAGAUGGCUGCUUAAUGGAAAUGACAGUCUCUACUGUUGGAAGACGUGCUUGCCUUCUAGAACUUCCACAGCCAGAACAAAGAAGCCAUCCUAACUCCAAACCUCAAAAGACAGUCUGGCCUUCUUGCUAGUGUCUAUAACAUAACUGCUGACUUUCACAUGAAGCCAGUGUUCAAUGUUCAUUUUCUAGCCAAAAAUCCUAGCCCUCUUAAGAAUAGCCAUAGUUCGCUCUGCCUGUAGUCUAUACAUAGAACAACCAGGUCUUUUUUUGAUGUUGUUUAAUGAAUGUUUUAAACCAAGUGUUGAGACUGCUCAGGGAAAAACAAGUUGUUGCUUUUUUUCAAAACCUUACUGCUUAUUGACAAAGCUCAUCCAAGUGCUCCAAUGGAAAUGUACAAAGAAACAAAGAUCUGUUCAUAUGCAGCAACGAUUCCAGUCCUACUCUGUGUCCCAUAGACUAUGGUUAACUUCAACUUCUAAGCCUUGGUAUUUAAUAACUGCCUUUUAUAAGGUCAUAACUGACACAAAUUGGAACCUCUGGGGGCUUGGCAAAGUCCUGGAAAGAAUCUGUGACUGUAGACCCAUGAUUCACAAGAAGAGAUCGAGAGGUCAGUAUUAAUGCACAUUUGGAGGAAGUAGAUUCCGGCCCUCAUACAUAAUGUUGCCUUUGCUAAGGCUUUGGAGGAGAAAGUACCUACAGAUAUGGUAAACUCACAAAGGAACUAACCUUGGAGAUGGAAAUUGAAGGUGCAACUCAGAUACUAUGUCUCAGGCUAUCACUGCAAGAGGAACAAUUGCUUCUUACGGUGAGCAAUGGAGGUUUUGGUUCUUCUGGUGAAACACACUGCUGGGGAAAGGUGCUGUGGGCAGAGAUGAGGUCAUAGCAGAGGGUUUAGAGUAUUUGUAAGUGACUUGAAAAGCCUGCAGUGGGAUUGGAGAAAAUUACAAUUUUGAAGGAAGAAACACCGUGCUUUAAAAGCUGCCAAGCAGCAUCACAUGCUACAGAGAACCCGUUUGUGAAGAGAUGUUUCAACCCAUGUAGCAGAUUUCACUGUUAUAUUAUUUGAAGGAACUAACCGGAUUAAGCAAGCACCAGCCUAAUCAUCAGCAACUCUCACCCCACCACCACCAAAAAGAUUUGGACCUGCCGAAAGCUUGGCUGCUAGUUGCCAUUCUUUAACAAUGAAAUAUUUUAAUGAGGGUGUAGACACUGCUUUGAAGACACUUAACAAACUAUAAUACAGUAUAAACAUAACUUUAAUGUGUACCAGAAAACCAAAAAGUAUUCGUGUGAUUCUCUAGUGAAAUUUGCUUUGCAAGAAAGACAAGCGGCUUCACAGGUGAUGUUGAAGUCUUAUUAGUAUGAGUAUAUGAAACCCAUGCCCUCUCUAAAGUAUGUGUGUAAAACAAAGCAAAUUAAGCAAACAACAACAAAAAACCAGUCGCAGCCUUACUGUUGACUAGAUAGCUUUGUGAAGCUCUUCCAUCGAGAUCCCAAACAAAAUGCAGCUGUAUAGUAAAGAAAUGUUCUAGAAAGGUGUCUAAAAUGAAUCGAUCCUUUUAGCCUCAAACUGUCUGCUUAUGUCUUAGGUGGGUGUGACUACCUGUGUCUGCAGCAGUGACAGCAGUAACUCAAUCUUACCCAUUGACUCUGACUAUUUAAACAAGAUCAAAGGUACCCACCAGGUUCUGGGCGCUAAGAUCUCCACAGUCCUUACUAACUCUUCCUAAAAACCCAUAUCGCUUUAGUCACAGGUAUAUGAAGGUUGCUCCAAUUGUGGAAUAAGAGGUGAGAAACCAAAUAGUUCCAGGGUUUUAUAUCAGUAAUAAAAUGUGUAAUUUGACCAUAGACAAAAGACUUUUUUUAAAGGGGGAAAUGAAUGCUCAAGCCAUUGCUUCCAUUUUAUAAAAACUAAUCUUUUAGAAAAGUUAAAUAAUUAAUGGGAAAGGCAAGAGGACACUGUGUUGCCUUUUGCCCGAGUACUAGGUUUUGUGACGUGCUUGCCUUUAAAUAUGAAAGCAUUCAAUAAAAAAUUCCAAUGCGUCAUGUUCUACUCCAAGUGACCCUAACAUUCAUUUUUUCCACUUGGCUCUUUUUGUGUACUUUAAAAUUGUUUGAUGAUCACUAGGGAUAGAAGGUCAGACCUUUAUGUCACUUUAAAAGAAAACCUAAAACACUAACCAAACUUAAACAAUCUGGUAUAAUGAUUAUAAUUCAAUGAUAUUCCAAAAUGGCACCAAGAUACUUGAUAAAUAACCAAAACAAAUAUCUGACAAUAUAGGCUAUGGGAUCUGAGCUUAUAGUUGAGAAAGUUAAUAUGAAUAAAUAGUGCCUUUUACUGUAUCAAAUAUCUGCAGUAGAAAUAUGUGGGUCUGACUGAACAUGGUCUACAGAAGUUAUUGAGGCUAGGUUUGUUUUGAGUGAUUUGCUUGGCUUAGGCAAGAAUAAUCUUAGCUUCGAAGAUGUGAAAAGCCUUCAGGGGUCCUGUCUGUUCUAGUAAGAGGCUUCCUGCCUAGCAUGAAGUGUCGGCAUAGUGUUAGCAGUACAUGGGCUUUGAUUUAUUUUUCUUCGGCAAAUGUGAUUAGUUUAUACCACUCUACAGCAAUAAUCCUCAAUGCCAAAGUCACAGUGAUCUGAGAAAGUUGUUUGCAAAUCCACUACACAUUUCUAAAGAAAAAUAAAGAGGCAAGUCUGCCAAAAUUGAAUGCUCAUUUUGACACGAAUGUACAUCUACCACAUGCCUCUGACAUUCUAUAAACAUUGUCUGCAUGGGAACUGUCCACACUAUCUCUCUUUGAGUUGGUUAUGACUCGCCUGAAGGCAUAGCACAAACCUAUAUAUUUACAAUGAAGAAUUUUACUGGUUUUUACUAGUGUCAUACUAUCAUACAUGAAUAUAUCAUGGAUUUCUAAAGUUCACUGAUUAUUUCCAGAAGUAAUGUAUAUCAGAGGAAAACAAUAUUUGAUGUAAAUUUUUGAUUAUGGUUGUUUAAGAACUAACCUUUGCUAUGGCUAAAUUAUUUACAAAGAGCAAUAAAAUGAAAGAACUUGCUAUAAUGA